AAGGGCGGCUCUUCUUCUUCUUGCCUCACAUCCACCCCACACACCUGCUCUCAUCCACCCCACACACCUGCUCUCUCCACAGCUCUGCAGCAGGAACUGGAGUGUGUGUGGAGGUGUGUGUGUUUUCCGCAAAAGGUCAGAUUGGGAGAUGGUGCUGCAGAGGUGUAUUCAGUAGUGUGUGUGUGUGUGUGUGUGUACAAGACAAGAACGUGCGAGGAUGUCCAAUUCCACCACCAACUUCUACGCCCUGUCUCAGUCGUUCAGCUUCUCUGACAUCAUCGUCAUAGUAACCUACUUCCUCCUCAACCUGGCCGUGGGCAUCUGGUCGUCAUGCAGAGUGAGCAGGAACACGCUGAGCGGCUACUUCCUGGCCGGACGAGACAUGGCCUGGUGGCCGAUUGGGGCUUCCUUGUUUGCCAGUUCCGAGGGCUCGGGCUUGUUUAUUGGCCUGGCGGGCACAGGAGCUGCUGGGGGCAUCGCAGUCGCAGGCUUUGAAUGGAAUGCCACCUACGUCUUGUUGGCUCUGGCCUGGCUCUUUAUGCCCGUCUACAUCUCCUCAGGGAUCGUGACAAUGCCCGAGUACCUGGGCCGGCGCUUCGGAGGAGAAAGGAUCAGGACCUACCUGGCGGUCCUCUCGCUGCUGCUCUCAGUCUUCACCAAGAUAUCAACGGACCUCUACUCGGGGGCCUUGUUCGUCCAAGUGUGCCUGGGCUGGAACCUCUACCUGUCCACGGUCCUCAUGCUGGUGGUCACCGCACUUUACACCAUCGCAGGUGGCCUGGCGGCCGUCAUCUACACGGACACUCUCCAGACGUUGGUGAUGAUCGUGGGAGCCAUUAUCCUCACCAUCACGGCUUUUAACAAGAUCGGCGGCUACAGCAACUUGGAGCGUGUUUACCGUAUGGCCGUGCCCAGCAAGAUCAUUCCCAACAGCACCUGCCACCUGCCUCGCCAGGACGCCAUGCACCUGUUCCGAGACGCCGUCACUGGAGACUUGCCCUGGCCCGGCAUGACGUUGGGGCUGACCAUCCUGGCCACCUGGUACUGGUGCACUGACCAGGUAAUUGUCCAGCGGUCGCUGUCUGCCAAAAACAUGAGCCACGUGAAGGGAGCCUCCAUCCUGGCCGCCUAUCUUAAGUUGCUGCCCUUCAUCUUCAUCGUCCUCCCGGGCAUGAUCAGCCGCGCUCUCUACCCAGACACGGUGGGAUGCGUGGACCCGGAGGAGUGUGUGCGAGUGUGUGGAGCCGAGGUGGGAUGCUCCAACAUCGCCUUCCCCAAGCUGGUCAUUGAGCUCAUGCCAAGUGGCCUCCGCGGGCUGAUGAUAGCAGUGAUGAUGGCCGCGCUGAUGUCAUCACUGACCUCCAUCUUCAACAGCAGCUCCACACUGUUCACCAUGGACAUCUGGAAGAAGCAGCGGCCGCGAGCCUCGGAGAGAGAGCUGCUUCUCGUGGGCAGGAUCUCCACGGUGGUCCUGGUGGUGAUCAGUGUGGUCUGGAUCCCCAUCUUACAGUCGGCCAACAGCGGCCAGCUCUACGUCUACAUCCAGUCCGUGACCAGCUACCUGGCCCCGCCCGUCACGGCCGUCUUCACUCUGGCCGUCUUCUGGAAGAGGACCAACGAGCAGGGUGCAUUCUGGGGCCUGAUGGUGGGUCUGGUGGUGGGGGUGUGCAGGAUGGUGCUGGAGUUCGCCUUCCCUCCCGCCAGGUGCGGCGUGCCGGACUCGGCGCCCGCCGUCCUACGCGGCGUGCACUACCUCCACUUCGCCAUCCUGCUGUGCGGCCUCACCGCCAUUGUGGUCGCCGCCGUCUCGCUGCUGACGCCGCCGCCCAGCCACGAGCAGGUGAGGAACCUGACCUGGUGGACUCUGAGUGAGGAGCCGGCCAGAGAGAUCCCCCUGCAGAAAGUGUCCUCCUUCAGCCGCCGUACUUCUGCAGACUCUGAGCCAGCGUGUCAGCUGACGUGCAGGGGGGGUGUGAGGUGGUGCAUGUCAGCACUUCAGAGUUCCCAGCAGUCCAGUCCCAGAGUUGCUAGUGUCCGAGAGAGUGUGUUCUGGUCCAGGUUCUGCUGCGUCAACGCCCUCCUGCUGGUCAGCAUCAACAUCUUCCUCUACGCCUACUUCGCCUGAAUGCUGACCAACUACUUCCUGUUGACUGACCCCCGUCGCCCUUCUACUACUUUCUAUUUUAUUUCUAUUAAUCCUUAAACAAAUCUACAUUGACUUGUUGUGCUUCAAUAAUUUGAGUUGAUCUUAUGUCCAUCUGAUUGUUUUUUUACUUUUGUGGUACAUACACAUACAC